AUGUCACGCAGAAAAUUCACCUAUGAGGAUGGAUUCAGCGAGUUUUUCUUCAGCGGACACAAAGAGUUCAGACUGUCCAAUAACACAAAGCCAGCGAGCCCCCGAUUGGCUGCGGACAUCACCCCGCCCCCUGAGGGCACCGCCCCCACUGAGAGCCCGGAGGAAGACGAGGAAGAAGAGGAUGAGGAUGUCUUGCAGAAGAAAUGCUUUAAGACCCCCAACGGCUUCAUGUGCGAAUCCAAAGCCAAUUCGGUCAGCUAUGACAUCACGGAGUUGGCGACCUCGUCCCUGAUCGGUUUGGUUCAGACCAUCAAAGAUCACAUCACCAAGCCGACCGCCAUGGCCCGGGGACGUGUGGCCCACCUGAUAGAGUGGAAGGGUUGGAGCGCCCCCCAGUCCGGCUGGGAGCCGUCUCUGACCGACGAGGAUCAUUACUCCGACCUCACCGACGAGCUGAAAGCGGCGCGAUUCGCUGCCGGGGUCGCCGAGCAGUUUGCCAUCACUGAGGCCACCCUGAGCGCCUGGUCCUCAUUGGACGAUGAUGAGAUGCAUUAUGGGUUGGGAUCCCAGGAGGUGCGGCAGCUUCAAGCACACCACAACGCAGACACGGUUCACCUACAUGCGUGCGGCGCCUGGAUGCAGGUUCCAGGGCGCCAUUCAGAGCAUGGAGCUUUGUGGGUCACCUGCAUCGUGCGCAGUGAUGACGUGGCCCCCUCGGGUGUCUUGGCUCAGGGGCCCCCUAAUGCCAUCGUCUGA